CUCGGCUACAAAAGAAGUCGGCUGGGGCGGGCCGGGCGGAACUUUCCAGAACGCUCGGUGGGUGUCGGAGGAGCCGUGUCUGGCUCGGCUGCGCUGUGCUACGCUCCAGUCUCUGCUCUCCGGCGCCGGCCCGCUCACCGGCUGUAAAACAUGGUGAAAGAAACCACUUAUUAUGAUGUUUUGGGGGUCAAACCCAAUGCUACCCAGGAAGAAUUGAAAAAGGCAUAUAGAAAAUUGGCUUUGAAGUACCACCCUGAUAAGAAUCCAAAUGAAGGAGAAAAGUUUAAACAGAUUUCUCAAGCUUAUGAAGUUCUUGCUGAUUCCAAAAAGAGGGAGUUAUAUGAUAAAGGAGGAGAGCAGGCGAUUAAAGAGGGCGGAGCAGGUGGUGGUUUUGGCUCGCCCAUGGAUAUCUUUGAUAUGUUCUUCGGAGGAGGAGGAAGGAUGCAGAGAGAAAGGAGAGGUAAAAAUGUUGUACAUCAGCUCUCAGUGACCUUAGAAGACUUGUAUAAUGGUGCAACAAGAAAACUGGCUCUGCAGAAGAAUGUGAUUUGUGACAAAUGUGAAGGCCGAGGUGGUAAGAAAGGAGCAGUGGAGUGCUGUCCCAACUGCCGGGGAACUGGCAUGCAAAUAAGGAUUCAUCAGAUUGGACCAGGAAUGGUUCAGCAAAUUCAGUCAGUGUGCAUGGAGUGCCAGGGUCAUGGAGAACGCAUAAGCCCUAAGGAUAGAUGUAAAAGCUGCAAUGGAAGAAAGAUAGUUCGAGAGAAGAAGAUUUUAGAAGUUCAUAUUGAUAAAGGCAUGAAAGAUGGUCAGAAGAUAACAUUCCAUGGUGAAGGAGACCAAGAACCGGGACUGGAACCAGGAGACAUUAUCAUUGUGUUAGACCAGAAGGACCAUGCUGUUUUUACCCGACGAGGAGAAGACCUUUUCAUGUGUAUGGAUAUACAGCUGGUUGAAGCAUUGUGUGGCUUCCAAAAGCCAAUAUCCACUCUUGACAACCGAACCAUAGUCAUCACCUCUCAUCCAGGUCAGAUUGUCAAGCAUGGAGAUAUAAAAUGUGUGCUAAAUGAAGGUAUGCCAAUAUACCGUCGGCCAUAUGAAAAAGGACGUCUAAUCAUUGAGUUUAAGGUAAACUUCCCUGAAAACGGCUUUCUCUCUCCUGAUAAACUCUCUUUGCUGGAAAAACUCCUUCCUGAAAGGAAGGAAGUAGAAGAGACUGAUGAAAUGGAUCAGGUAGAACUGGUGGACUUUGAUCCAAAUCAGGAAAGACGGCGUCAUUAUAAUGGAGAAGCAUAUGAGGACGAUGAACAUCACCCCAGAGGUGGCGUUCAGUGUCAGACCUCUUAGUGUGCCAGUCACUCUCUGACAUUCUAUAUGCAGUAGUGAAUGUGGGAAGGACUGUAAUUGUAAUACGCUCACUACUUGGCUAUUGUUUUUGUUUUAAUAUUCAACUAUAGUAGUGUUUUAAAAGUUAAAUGAAGAAUAAACAAAUAUAAAAGCUCUGACUUUGCCCUGUAUGUAUAAUGACUUCAAUGUGCAAGAUGAAAGUUUAAUACUUGUAAAAAUUACUUUAAAAGUUCCCUAGCAUAUGUUAGGCCAUAUCUUGUGUAACUGAUAAUAGCUGUGUACAUUAGACUGACAUGCUAGUUAUGUGUUGUAUGUUAAGCUAUGAAAUUAAAAUUCUGUAUUUAACUGGUAAUCAGAAAAAGAAAACUAUUAUAGUGACAUGUUGGGUCUGUCUAGUUGUAUGAAGUGAAUUAAUUGUCUGCAUUGUAUUGCAUCAGCCAAUCCUAGAAGGUGGUUUAAUAUAUAAUUUCUCUGUUAUGUGUGAUAGAAAUGAUAACAUUUAUCAUAAGGGCUUGCUCUUUUAGAUUGCGUUCCCUUCUGCUGUGCCAUCUUUAAAACUACACACAGAAAACAUGGUCAUCUUUUUCCCCCUUCUCAAACCCUUGGGUAGUGACUUCCAAAGCCCAAUUUACAGAUUAAAGUGACAAGAUUUGUAUGUGGAAAAGUGAUUUGCAUGUAUAUAGUCUAGGAAAGGCAUUCCUUAGGUCUGCUACAGGCUUGCUUAGGUUCCAACGUAACUGCAAUUUAAUGUUGGUAGUACAGCAAACUGAUAGCUUUGUUGUAUGUUUUAAAGUCACAUGUUCACAUGCUUAAAUCUGAAUAUCAGAAUUUAAGCAGUUAUUGAAAUGUAUGACUGUCUCCUAAUAUACUGAUUGCAAGUGUUUACAA